AUGACAAUUGUUUUUAAUGAUGAUGUUAACGGAUAUAUUCAGAUUCAAUCAGAAUCGACUCACCAAGCAUAUCAUUACGAUGAAGAUUUUGCUUUACUUGGAUUAACAAUGAGAAGUAAUGGAUCAUUUCAAUAUGGUAUUACCUAUCAUUGUUUAACAGAUGGCUGUAAUGAACCAAAGCUUAAUAAACUUCAAUUAUUAUUCAAUUCAACUACAAUAGAACAUAAUAUAAACACCAUUUUACCAUUAUUAUACACGGCUACACCUGAAACUCCAUUAACAUGUUCAAAAUACACGAAUUAUACAGAUCCUAAUAAUUGCUAUAAACAAGAAGAAAUAAAUAUUGUAUGUUCGAGAUGUUUCACAACUAUUAAUGGAAUAACAAAUACAGUAUGCGCCAAUUGCUUAGAAAAUGUUGAAAAAAUUUUUGAUCUUCUUCGUGAUGAACGAGCAUAUUUGUUAAAAACAAGAAAAACAAGUAAUCAUUAUUAUGAAGUAUAUUGUAACAUUCCAGAAUGUAAUAGAAUAGACAAAAUUCAACAAAUUCAAAAACUACAUCGUUAUGAUUUUGAUUAUGAUCAAUUCAUGGGAAAAUCCACAUCAUCUUUGCUAUUCUUAAACAAGAAUAUCAUUUACUUUUAUAUUAUUAUUGUAUUCAUUUGGAAUAUCCUGUAA